GCUGAUGAGGAAGACGAUGUGCUCGGCGGUGAGGAGUUGAACGGUGCAUUCGACGAGGGCGGAAGUGAGGCCGAGAGCAGCGACAAUUCGUUCGAAGAUCAGGAGGACGAUGGAGAAGACGAGGAGGAUGACGAAGAGGAACUGAAUAGCGACGAGAUUCCAUCCUCCGACGACGAGGAGGAUGUGCGACAGCAACUACGAGACAUGAAGACCGACAGCGACAGUAAAAAGUCCUCGUCGGCACCGUCUGGACUUUUCGAUGAUGAGGAGCGAUCAAAUUUCCGAAUCGAGGAAGACGCGAAUGGCAACGAGCGAUACAUAUACGACGAGAUCAAUCCAGUCUACGAUUCGGACGACUCGGACGCAAGAGAAGCAACAAACACGAUUGGCGACAUUCCCAUGUCAUAUUACGAUGCAUAUCCCCACAUUGGCUACGAUAUCAACGGCAAGCGAAUACAGCGACCUGCCAAGGGACAUGCUCUCGACUCGUUACUGGACAGUAUUGACAUUCCGGAAGGCUGGACUGGUCUGACGGAUCCAGCGACCGGAAAGCCAUUGAACCUCACCAAGGACGAGUUGGAGACCCUCAAGCAAUUGACACGGAACGAGCGCUCAGGAGAGGGCUACGAUCCGUACCCAGACAUGGUCGAGUACUUCACAGGCAAAGGUAUGGAGAUGGUCAUGCCACUUACUGCGGCACCGGAACCGAAGCGCAGAUUCGUCCCAUCGAUGCACGAGCACAAACGCGUGAUGAAGAUGGUUAAGGCGAUUAAGGAGGGCAGGAUAAAGCCAUUCCACGAGCAGACCGAGGAAGAGCGUGAGCAGGAGGAGGCUGAGCGGGAAUAUGCCAGCUUUGACAUCUGGGCGAAUGAGGCACCAAGGCCGGAUCACAUCAUGAACGUACCUGCGCCGAAAUUGCCGCCGCCUGGCUACGAGGAGAGCUAUCACCCACCUCCAGAGUAUCUGCCCGAUAAGCACGAAAGAGAAGAGUGGGAACAGCAGGAUGAGGAGGAUCGGGACCGCGACUUCUUACCUCAGGAUCACUCUGCGCUACGCAAGGUACCUGGUUAUGAGAAAUUUGUGAAGGAGAAGUUCGAGCGCUGUCUCGACCUGUACCUGGCACCGAGAGUGAGGAGAAGCAAGCUGAACAUUGACCCCGAAUCCCUUCUGCCGAAGCUGCCAGAUCCAUCUGAGCUGAAGCCCUUCCCUACGACCUGCCACAAGACGUUCACAGGUCACGAAGGUCGUGUACGAAGCAUUGCCGUUCAUCCCGCUGGAAGAUACGUCGCAUCUGGAGGAGACGAUGGCACAGCUAGAGUUUGGGAUCUGCAGCAAUCACGACAGGUUUGGCGAAUAAGGCUUUCCACCACCGAGCCGGUGAACGUGGUGACCUGGAGACCUGGUCAGACCACGAACAUCUUGGCCGCGUGCUGUGGCGAGACAGUCUACUUCGUCGUUCCCCAGAUGGAGUCAGAUGACGAUGACGUCGAAGCCGCGAGUCGUGAGGUGUUGGACUCUGGAUAUGGAUACGCCGCAGCGAACCCUGCAAAGACAGCAGCAGGCAAGGACAAGGUCGCUUCAGCUCAGUGGGCUCGACCUCCGACUUCCCUACAAGACAAGGGCGUCGUCCUCACAUUGACACUGCGAUCGAGUCCGAAGACGCUCGCGUGGCAUCGUCGUGGCGAGUACUUCUCGACAGUCUCACCCAACACUAGCUCGACCUCCACUGCCGUUGCGAUCCACACACUCAGCAAACAUCAAACGCAAUACCCCUUCAAGCGUCUGAAGGGUCUGGCUCAAACCGUCUGCUUCCACCCAAGCAAACCUCUCUUCUUCGUGGCCACCCGCCAACGAGUCCGCAUCUACGAUCUCCAGGCGCAGAAGAUGGAGAAGGAACUCAUGCCCGGCGCACGCUGGAUCAGUGGCAUCAGCUUACAUCCCAUGGGUUCCAACUUGCUCAUCUCAUCGUACGACAAGCGUUUGCUGUGGCAUGAUCUGGACUUGGGGAAUACGCCCUACAAGACUCUGCGAUACCACUCCAAGGCUAUUCGAACGGUCAAGUUCCACGCCAGCUACCCUCUCUUUGCGGAUGCUAGUGAUGAUGGUACAUUGCAAAUCUUUCAUGGCAAGGUGGUGGGAGAUAGUAUGGAAAACGCAACUGUGGUGCCGUUGAAGGUGCUGAAGGGACACAAGAUCAAGAGCGAUCUGGGUGUGCUAGAUCUGGAGUGGCAUCCUGUUGAGGCGUGGAUUGUUAGUGCUGGUGCGGAUGGAUGUGUCAGGCUAUGGACGUAGUGCAAUGGUACCUUAGUGGUACACUGCUCAGAUGUAGAGUGGACAGCGCUGUAUAAUCUAUCUCCUGAAA